AUGAUGAUGGGUUCAAGCCCUGCUAAACCAGAUGCUACUGUUACAGAUAAACUGGACUUGAAGUCGGAACCAGUGCCACUCUAUGUACCGUUAGAAGCUCUCACAGAGUCAACUGUUCGUUCUAUAAUUGCAGCUGGAACUUCAUCUGAUGACCUAUCUCCAGAUUAUAGUCAACGAACUCUUCUAAUUUUUUUACUGGAAAUAAACAAAACAUUAAGAGAAAUUGAAAAUAGUACGGAAGAUAAUGGUCAAAAACCGAAUGAAAAUAUUAUUCGGUGUGCAGAAGAUGUUCGACAAUGGCUUGUCGACAAAAACAACCAACCAUUAAAUUGGGAUGAACUUCAUAAGCUAUGUGAUAUGAUGAAAAGCGAUACUCGUAGUUCUUUGGCACAUUACUAUAGAGUUAAAGAUGCAGGUCCUUACUUCGAAUUAAAAAUGGAAACUCGAAUCAACGAUGUAAAUCGAUCUCGUGAAUACAUGGCUAAGUUUCGUAGCGCGGGAUACAACCCUGACGAACUUAAACUCUAUUGGAAUGCAGAACAGGUGGAAAAUCUCUGCCCAAAAGAAGGAGAACAACCAGAUGCAUUUCCGCCACAUGAUCCAUCAGAUUUAGAUGCUAUUAAAAAUCUUCGUGCAUAUCCUGUUGUUGAUCGAAAUCAUGAUGUCAAGAUCAGCUACAUCGACAAAGGAAUUGAAAAAGCCGUUUUUGAUAUACCUGAAGAUGCUCAAAUUAUUGUUCUGAAUUUUGCGAAUGAACAAUCACCUGGAGGAGGUUAUUUGAGGCAUGCAAUGGCACAAGAAGAAGUUAUUCUUUACAAUUCCGAUGGUUACCGUGCGUUACUUGAUCUGAAAUAUAAACGAAUGAGUGAUGGUUAUGCUAUACCCGAAUUUGGUCUAGCCUAUGUUCGUAAUAUGCGCUUUUUUCACUCAGAAUCUAUUGAACGACAUCGUGCAACAGACAUGAUGGUUUCUGCAUGUUAUUGUUUAAGUUGCCCUCAACUUUACGAUAACCCAAGGAGUACUGAACAGCGAAUAAAAAAUAACGUAGCUAAAUUUCGUGCGUUCAUGUGUGCAGCUGUUGCCAAUACCAUCGGUGAUGGUAGUAAUACUUAUCUUUUACUUGGUCCUAUUGGUACUGGUGCAUUUGGAAAUGAUGUUGAAGAAAUCGGUGAAUGCUUUCGUGAAGUACUCGAUAUGCCUAUGAUGAACUCAAAAGGUCCUAUUCGUCAUGCAUUUGGUCACAUUUGGUUUGUUUCUAUAGAUAAAUGGAAAAAUGAUGCUUUUGAGCACAUUUUAUCUCAGAAAUAA